CAGAAGAAGAAGAAGAUAACCCGGAAGAGAAGUGAGCAUCCUGUGACCUCCGCGCUGGGCACGUAACACCAGGGAGGAGAAAAAUGACUGAACAGAGAUGUGAUUGUUCCGUGUUGCCUUCGACACCAGUGAACUCUUCUUGGCUCGCUUCAGAGAGUUAACAGCGAGAAUAAGGAGCGGGGCCGAGCUGUCCAGCCAGCGGAAUGUCGUCACAAACAGAACCGACGGUCGGUUAACGUUAACGUUACCCGGUGAAUUCCUGCGCACAGACGUCGGACGGUGCUCAUCGGAUGCCUAACCAGCCCUAGUGUGUCUGAUCUUUUCGACGGCUACAUGACAGUGUUUAUCUAUAAAAAGUGAACUCCAGGUGUGAAGCGGAAGGUUUCUGCGGCGCUGACAGCCACGUCAACUCACGUUAUAUAUCUCUUUAGUGCGUUAUAGUGUGCGCACGUGUGUUUUCAAUAUAAAACAACAACAACAACUUGUAGGGUAUUUUUGCUCGACAAUGGCUCCGAUGGGGAUCCGGCUGUCCCCGCUCGGUGUGGCGGUGUUCUGCCUUCUUGGACUGGGAGUCAUCUACCACCUGUAUGCAGGAGUCAUCUCCACCCGCUUUGCUGCUUUCAGACAGAGGGGGAAAGUGGAUCUGCGGGACCUGCUGGCGGUCUCUGUGGAGGCCGCAGUGCUCGGUGGCAAAGAGGUGAAGACGGUGCGUGAUGAAAAUGGCCUGAAGGAGAAGUCGAAGGGCAAGACCAGGGAGGGAGCCAACGAGCUUCUGACUAUGGGCGACCUGCAGUCUCACAGGAAGAUGUUUAACCUCAUUAGCAACACCUUCCCCGAAAUCAAGGUGAACAGCGAGGAAAAUGACAACGUGUUAGAUAAGGCUGCGACGUGGAGCCGGCAGAUUCCAGCUGACGUACUAGACAAGAUAGAGGGGGGCAAGGACGUUCCCUCUGGGAGCAUCACUGUGUGGAUCGAUCCUCUAGAUGCGACACAGGAAUAUACAGAGAAUCUGGUGAAGUAUGUGACUACAAUGGUAUGUGUGGCUGUAAAUGGUAAACCAGUCAUUGGGGUCAUACACCAGCCGUUCACUGGGUUCACUGCUUGGGCAUUUGUAGGUCAGGGGUCAAAUAUGCGUCCCCGGUCGUCCUACAGUGUCAGCCCUCCAAAGGUGAUUGUAUCACGUUCCCACUCUGGAAAAGUUCGAAGUUUUAUCCAGGAGGCUUUUGGAAACAGCACAGAAAUCAUUCAAGCAGGUGGAGCGGGAUAUAAGGUCCUGUCGCUUUUGGAGAUGCCUUCACUUCAAAGUGAAACGGGAUCAAUAGACCAGGCAGAUGUUUACGUCCAUGUCACCCGUAUUAAGAAAUGGGACAUCUGCGCUGGUGCGGCAAUACUGAAUGCACUGGGAGGCCACAUGACAACCCUAAAGGGAGAGGACAUCGACUACAGUGAAGAACCAGUCAACGCAGGAGGACUGGUGGCCAGUGUUGGUGUGGACCACAAGGCCUUACUAGAGAGACUACCAACCCUGGAUCUUGAAAAGGUCUGAGAGGCACAAACACAGAGCCAUUGGUAGUCUGGUCAGGUUGUGUGGGCAACAUGUGACAUCACCGUGGGACACCAAACAUCUGCCAAUCGGACGGAUUGGAGUCACUGUCGCCGGCAUGAGCAGGACUGUGGAACCAACAUGGCUGCCACUGGAAAGCGCAGUGGCUGACACAAUGGCUCUGAACACACACUACCGUACAUGCAUACACACUUGCAGCUAGGAGAAUCGGUACAUCAUGCAUAUACAUACAAACACAUGCUCACAAUGAACACCGGACACCUGCUGCCCUCACCCUUCACCGUCAGAGGACAACGGGACGACUCUAAUGUGAAAAUUUAAAUCACUAUCUUUGCUCACUAUCUGUAAUUAUUCAAGGCUGGAUAGAAACUCACCCUGAAUGGAAACAUUGAGCCUCAGCGACCUAAACAUCCAGUGUAAUAUGGGGUUACUCGCCACUGAGUUGCAUUUCAUCAACAAACCCUGUGUUCACCAGCAUCAUUCUGUCACAACAAUUCACUUCACACUGACUUAAAAUGAUCUACUUCUUCAAAGUUGUUAUCUGACGUGGAUUAGAGACGGAGCAUUUCCACUUUGAAUGGACAGUGAAUACAUGGCAUGCCACUUUACAUUUCCAUUCGUUGGCCUUGCUCACACUGUAGAUGCAGGUCUCUUAAACUCUUACUCCGGACCCGUGGUAAAUUUUAAAGAGCCUGGGCCUUAAUGUAGUUGCACAGAUUUGAUCUUUGCUUCAAGUUAAGAAAACCUCAUUCAGAUAAAAAAAAAAAAAGCAUAAAAACCUUCCACCCUCGUACUUCCCCCACUUUUUCACCAGAGAGAAAAUGCAAAAUCUUUCAUGUGACCUGCUAAGAUUGUCUAAAUUAGUCUGGACUUUUCAUCAGUUAGACUUUCAUCAAGUCGUUGCAAGGCCCAGAAAGGCAUCAGACCUACUCAGAUUUACUAAGUUACAAAUAUUGCAGAAAAUAAUGUUUCAUCACCAUUAAAUCUAGAUUAAAUGCUCAAAUGGAAAAAUUGGGGGAAGAUUGAAGGACAAGUUUCUCUGUUUUUCAUUUUUUAUUGUGUCUCUUUUGUGUGAGACAGAUACACAAACAUAGCACAAUAUGAUAACAAGAAGAGAAGCAGCAUAGUUGAAGAGAUGCUGCACGGCUGGCAGUGAGUACUAGGAUGGAUGACGAACAAGUGUUUCAUGAACCUGAGCAGAGGCCUAAUCAAUCAGAAGAACAUAAAACGUGUGUGGGUGUACAUUUGCUUGGAGUUGUCUCUUUUUUUCUUUUUUUUUUUUGUCUUUAUCUUCAGCAUCUUUCACAGUCUGAUCCCCCCCACAUAUCAUCAUCGUCAACACCUCUCCGGUACAGACAGCGUUGGUCGGCUGUUGCAUUUCUCAGCGAAUUAAGAGCAGGUCCUGUGGAACCAGACUAAAGACUGGAUUGCCGCGUGGUCUCACCUCUACUGAGAGCGAGGUACAAAAACAAGCCUGAUCCAAUAUGUACAGUCUCAAUCAAUGACUUUAAAACUGACUACUCUGGGUUACAGAAGAAAGUCAUUUGUGUUUCCUUAGUGUUCUGUCGCCAAGAAUUAAAUGGAAGUUUAAAAAAACUAGAACAUGGGAAAAUGUCAUGUUGAAGACUGUGUCUAACAUUGACGCUUAGCAGAGCUGGACUGGGACAUUCUUUCCUCCUGGUUUCCAAAUAAUUCCUGGCUCUGUAUAAUGUACUGUGCACUAUCCAGACCUGGAAAGUUCAGUGAUGCAGAAGGACACCCUGGUACUAGUUUGAGACUGUGUUUACAUACAUAUGUACUUGCAUGGUUCUGUAUUUUAAUUAACUUUUGGUCCUCUUAACACUUUUCACCCUUCUGAAAAUGUCGCUGGCUCAGUUGACCUCUGCCAGACUACUAUAGAUCCUUCUGUACCAUCAGUCUGCCAGAUGUGUAUACAACUUGCUCUGCCACAGACUGCAGCUCAUGAGGAGACAUCAGUUAGAGGUUGGGCCUUCAUGUGCUAAAUUUCAUUUUUAUGGUUGGAGUGCCUUUUGAUCUGCGCAGAACAACAUUGUCCAAGGAUGGCGUGUUUGCCACAGCGUUCAGGAUGAGUUCUGUAUAUGUUGCUUUGGUAGCAAUGGUUAAUACGCAGGUAUAAUUCCACAAAAGCUAAAUGGCUUUACAGUGACGUGGAAAUUGCAUGUGUACUAAUACUGUAGGCUACAUUCCCUUCUAAUUGGAUUGUGCUCCUUGUGUCCUGUGUGAAAGAAACAGUUAAGUGAGUUUGAGCAAGAGAUGAUUAUUAAAGUGGGACUCCACCAA